AAAUCACGUUGGUAAAGCAGGACUUAUUUUAAUACUGUACGGUAAUUUUCCAUGAAUGACGUUCCAGUGACGUUUAGAGAAGCAGUCGUGUAAAAAGCCAGGAACAGAGACAUUUAUUUUUACUUCGUUCUGACCAUACAAUUUAUCUUUCAAUUACGUGCAUGGAUGUACAAGAUCAGAAAACUUUCCACGAUUCUACUAGGCUCCAUUUUGCACGGUACUAAUAGCUGAAAAGUCCAAGACUAUGGCGACCGGCCCAACCACAUCCACCUUCCCAGAAUCUAACCCACCCUUCAACCAAGGCCUGCAGGGAGGAGAUAGGAAACGGACUUGGCAAGAACUGCAUAGCAAUGUCAAGUCCAUGAGAAGAAUCCACAUGUUCCUGGCUAACCGGGUAUCUCUGGAGUUUACUUUCAGGGUCGUUGAAACAGAGAAUGGACCUCGGACAAGGCUCUACUUCCUUGGAGUACCACCAGGUAAUAGAGAAAACACGCUACUCUAUGCUGACAUGCCUUCAGAGGGCGAGGAUGGAAGCGGAGAAUCCGCGUCACAGUGGAAACCCUUACUCAUCCCUUUCCGAGGUCUGAUGCAAACUGGCAACUUCUCCAAGGAGGAGCAGCUGCUGAGAGAGAGGAAACGUAUGGGCACGUUUGGGAUAACCACGUAUGAUUGUGAUGUAGAGAGUGGAAGGUUUCUCUUUCCAGCCAGCGGGAGUCUCUUUACGUGUGUGGAUCCAGAUCUCAUUUCUUACCCAGUCUACCCGACGGAGGUACCCACCCAGUGUCAAGGAGUGAGAAUGGAUGCCAAGCUCUGCCCUACCAACAGCAAUCUACUAGCAUUCAUCACAGAGAAUGAUCUAUGGGUCUCCAAUGCUAUCACUGGAGAAGAGAGGCGAUUAACGUUUGCCAAUAAAGGUCUGUCCAACAUAGCCAAUGAUCCUUGCAGUGCAGGGGUGACCAGUUACAUCAUCCAGGAGGAGUUUGAUCGCUACACUGGUUACUGGUGGCAGCCGGAUAUCCCUGAAGAGCAGAAAACAGAGAGGGCGGUAUAUAGGAUACUGUAUGAGGAGGUAGACGAGAGCGAGGUGGAGAUACUCAACAUCGUAGCACCAGGCCAUGGGGAUGGAGGAGUGGACAGAUAUCGGUAUCCAAAAGCAGGUACUACCAAUGCAAAGAAUGUCCUGAAGAUGGUAGAAUUCACACAAAAUGAAGAAGGAAAGAUUGAAGAAACAUGUAUUCACAAGGAGCUGAGGGAGCCUCUGAAGACUCUGUUUCCCUGGAUGGAAUACAUCAUCAGACUAGGCUGGACACCAAAUGGCAGAUAUGUAUGGGCCCAGCUGUUGAGUCGUAACCAGCAGAGCACUGUCCUAGUUCUCAUCCCUCUGGAUAGCUUUGUACCUGUAGGUCAAGAGAAGCCCAUGACCCCUGAGGGUCAGGUCACCAAACCUGUCGUUCUGGUGCUUUACGAGGAACACUCGGAUAUAUGGAUCAAUGCUCACAACACGAUCCACUUCUUCCCGCAAACGAACCCUAAUGAGAUGAGUUUUAUCUGGGCUAGUGAAGCAACAGGAACACGGCAUCUCUAUCACAUCACGUCAGACUUGCAUCCAAGAGAAGCUAUGCCAGGUAGUCUCAAGCCAGCCAUCCUGAAGUUUGAGAUGGUGACAUCGGGUCAUGGCGAAGUCUCUGUACAUAACCUAUGGGUAGAUGAAGACAAGUCAUUAGUAUGCUACACAGCUCUACAUGAUAGCCCCAUAGAAGAACACCUAUAUGUAGUGUCAUAUGCAGAUCGUCAUCCACCAGUACGGAUAACACAGCUUGGAUACAGUGUACAGAGUGCCAUGAUCAGUCCAGACUUCCAGUACUGUGUGUGUACAGUGAGCAACCUGACCACACCACCCUUCACUACUGUGACCAGAUUGGAAUGGACCCAGCAACCUCUCAAUGUCACACAGAAAGAACUCUUCAAACUUAUGCUGCCACAGACUAUGUCAUUUCCAUUUGUGCCUCCGGAACUGUUCAUGUACAAGAACUCAACAACAGGAGAUGAUAUGUAUGGUCUUCUCUUCAAACCACACAACAUAGAACCAGGCAAGCAAUACCCAGCGGUGCAGUUUGUCUAUGGUGGGCCACAGGUGCAGCUUGUGUCAAACUCGUUCAAAGGCGUUCGUUUCCUACGCCUCUACACUCUGGCUUCACUGGGCUAUGCUGUGGUGAUUGUGGAUGGGAGAGGGUCAUGUAGGAGAGGCCUCAGAUUUGAAGGUGUUCUCAGGAACAGACUUGGUCAUGUAGAGCUAGAUGACCAGGUGGAAGGACUACACUGGAUUGCUGCUAAAUCAGGAUGUAUCGAUCUGAAUAGAAUAGCUAUCCAUGGAUGGUCUUAUGGUGGAUAUCUAUCACUCAUGGGACUAGCAAAGAGACCAGAUACUUACAAGGUGGCCAUUGCCGGAGCCCCUGUCACAUGUUGGACAGUGUACGACACAGGCUACACAGAGCGUUACCUAGACACACCAACCAACAACCCUACAGGAUACGUCCAGAGCUCGGUGCUCAACUUGGCCAAGAACUUUCCAAAUGAAGAGAAUCGUCUUCUGAUUGUCCAUGGCUUGAUUGAUGAGAACGUCCAUUUCCAUCACACCAGUCUUCUCAUUGAUGAGCUCGUCAAACACUGUAAACCUUAUCACUUACAGAUCUAUCCUCAAGAGAGACAUGGGAUCAGACGUCUGGAGACAAGUGAACAUUACGAGACAAACAUACUCAGCUGGCUUCAACAACACUUAUGAAGACCAUCACCAUUUUUGUUCUUACAUAUGUUAUCUUUGCAGCUGUGUUACUAAUAAGAAUAGCAAAUGAUUAUUAUGUAGAAGUCUGUACAUCUCAAUGCUGCUAGCAUGACCAAUACCAAGAGACAGCAUCGCCCUGGUCAUCUUGUUGCCAUACCGAUGACGACAACGGCGACAACAACGACGACUAUGGUGAUAAUGAUGAUGAUUGUCUGAAAAACAUUUCUUCAGCAACUUGAAUCUCUUAUGUUCAAGUCCUGUAAUUAGUAGUGCUACAUAUGUAUUUACCAUGCAGACUUACCUAUAUGGACUUGAAUGUUAUGUACAUGUAUGUAGAGGCAAAUAGAUAUUCACCAAUCAUGAACUCUUGAACGAUAAAUCACAUUAAACAAGCUUUCAUGAGUGGUCAAAAUGUAGUCCAUGAAGAAUCUUCUGUUGUAAAUCUUUGAUACAUAAGAAUAAGAAAAUAUCAAAAGCCCAUGUGAGUAUAGUGUAGACUCAAGUUGCCAUCAAGAUAUAUAGUAUCAGUGAAACCUAGUCUCUGUCAGUAUGAUGAAAUAAACUAUAGAUGCUAAAUUUCAUAGUACUAAUGUUACUAAAUAUUCUUCAUUUCAUGUCAUAUAUUUCUAGGGAAGCUGAUUUUUUUAUCAGCAUCUAGAUGGCAAGUUAGAAAUGAACCCAAUUAUUAUUACUCACAAUUCUCACAAUUGAAUAUUAACCAUUAAUUGAAUAUAUACACUGAAGAGAGGUAAGACAGCAUGUAUAUGCCGAUGUAAUUUGUCAGAUAUUUGAGUAAGCUUGUUAUUGAUAUUCAAACUCAAAUGGUACUAUAACCACCAUUAAUCAUGUAGCAUUGACUAUAAUGUUCCGUACGCCAGUGCCGAGUUGUGUGUAGAAGGGUAUAGUCUGUUGUAUUCUUUCUCUAGAGGGGCUUUUAAGGAGAAUGGAAUGGACACAUAGUCGGUAAGGGAUGAUCAGAAGAAAAGGACUUAUUCAACACUAAUUUGGAUUAGUUGAAUUAGAAGAUGGUGUUUUGUUUUAGUAGCUCCUGAUUUGAGGAGAGAUAUAUGAGUAGACUAUUCUUGAAUUAUCACUUAUAAUGCCAAAACUCUCAACUUGAACAAAAGUUCAGAAGAAAUAUUUGCUUAUUUUUCUCACAUUUGGAAAAAAACCUUGUAUUAAAAGCAUCUUUUCUUAUUGUAAUAGGACUACUUUUGUGCAAUCUCUUCUUUUGCACUUUUGUGAAAUUAGCUGGAACACACUUCAUCUCUUUCUCCUUUUUUCAUCUAGCUAUAUCGUAAACAAACAAAAAAGAAAGAAGAGAAAUAUUCAUUUAAGAAUGGUUUGUUUGAUAGUGUAUCAAAAGUUAUAUAAGAUGGAAAAUAAUAUAGCAUUGUUGGCCAAAGAAUGCAAUCAAGUAUCUUUUUUUGCCAAAAGAGUGCAUAUAUUUGAAGAGUUUGCUUUUUACAAACAUUUUUACCUGUAAUAUUAUUGCUUACUUUUAAAGGCUUGUAUGCUUUUAUGAUUUUAAUUUACAUUCUGCAAAAUUGUUGAAUAUUCAUGCCCUUUUUUCAGAGAUAUCUAUCAUAGAAUCUGAAAGAGAUUUUAUUGUAAAUUUGGAAAAAAGAAGUAACAAAUGUUGUUUUAUUGAAAUAUGUGGCAAUUGUGGAAAAAAGAGUACACUGUACUUUAUUUAUUCUUUAGAAUCAGCUAGAUAUGUCUGUAUCUUAAUUUCUUACUUUAACUGUUCGUCACAAUUUUACCUAACCUCUCUUGUUUUUUAUUAAAAACAGAAGCUUUCAUGACAUGAAACUACCACAAUUUGUAAAUGAGAUCAAUUUUCAUGGCAAGAAACUUUUGUGAUUUGCGAAAAUUGAGCGUUGUUUCCAUUGUGAUUAAAGUAUUUCAUGGCAUCAAACUUUCACGAAUCUAGACCACUCAUGAUAUUCAUGAACAUUUCAUGCAAGGGAAAGUUUGUAACUUCUAAGUAACUCUGUUGUGUCAAACAAUGCUCAGUAGUAUAGAAGUGGUUUUACAUUGGUUUUCAGAGGUACAAUUCAAUUUCUGAAACUUUUCAUACUUAAAGUAAGACACUGUGUAUAUUGCGUUAGCUAUGAAAUGCUUAUAUUAUGAAGAAAAAAAAUGCAAGUUUGUAAAAUAAAUGAAAGUAUGUCAAAGGUAUAACAUGUUGGUUUGUGGAGGAGUAACCAGAAAGAUGAACAACUCUUGUACAUUGAUUGUUCUUAUUCUAGAUUUUAAAACACCUGUUUUCGUCUGGUAUGUGUAUAUCAGUGAUAAAAUCUGUCAGAACAUUUUUAAACUGCACUGUAGUGUGUAGAGUAUGACUGUUGACCAUCUUUUGUUCAUUUUGCAUUUAUAAUGUAAAAAAAACAGACAUGAAAUAUACAGCUCUAAUCUACACAUGUGAUUUUAGUGAAAAAAUA